AUGGCGAGCGCGCAGUCCACUGCUUUCCAAAGAGUCAGGCCAUGCUGCAUUGAACUAUCUAGACAAACAUUUUUACCUAAACAGAGUUUUGACCCGAACUCGGCCCAAUUAUUGAAUGGAUUAAGAGCUCUUGAAAGAGAGUUAGCGGAACUGGAUGACGGUGUAUUACAACUUAGUCCCAAGUUCGCAGACUACGUCUUUGUUCCGAUUGCGAGUUUGCUCAAACAAGACUCCCUCGGCGUGAGCCAGACAGAGGCUCUUCUUUUGGUCAUAGGGCACCUAUUGUCGCUGUGCUGGUCAUCGGUUGGUGCCCUACCUCUAGUUUUGGCCCAACAGCUCUUUCCGCUGUUGACGUUUUUGGUAAGUACAGAUACUAAGAACGUCGAACUUCUGAAAAAGCCUCCUCAUUUUCAACUUGCUGGAUGUGUGGUCUUUGCCAAGCUAUUCAACGCUUUAGCGGUGCAAAAGAGGCACUCUUAUUUCGACUAUUUCUGCGAUCCGAAAAGCUUGCCAUCACUGGGUCACUCCGUUACUAUCUUGCUGGAUAUUCUAAAUCAAAAUGAGACCGAACCUGACUUACAACUUGCCUCAGUUAGGGCCCUUCAUAUACUGUACAGAGAACUACUCACUGAUGGUGAAAUUGUGUCUUUUAUCUUGCCGGGACAUGUUUCCACAUUUUCCAAACUACUUGUGAGGCCGGGCAUCAGUGUUAAAUCUAGUGUUGUUUGUGCUACCAUGGAGCUAUUCGGAGAUAUACUUGCCUUGGUAUAUCGUGAUUCCGAUUUGCAUAUUGCUGAGACACCUGUUUCCGGCCUACAACAUCUCAUUGCACAUUCCUUGAAUGAGGAGGGUAGAGCUCCGGCACGUAUUGAAGAGAGCUUGUCUAGUAGCAAGAAGAUGCAUAGAGAUUCUAAAUGGCUGAAAGCAACGACAAGUCAAGUCAAAAUCGCACUUGAAGCCGUGCUUCCAAAGCUCGUUAAGAGAAAAAACGCAAGCAUAAAUUUAGCCAUCAGAGAUUUCUUAGCAACGGUGAUGGACGCCGCAAAUGGCUCGCUGGCCAAUUGCCGCGAGCUCUUUUUGUCUACAAUGCUGAGUAUAAGAAUCUCACUGCCACAUUUGCUACAAUCGCAAGAAAAUUCUAGGACACUGAAGCAUUUGCUCAUUAAUCAGAUCUCACAGCUGCCACAUACACUUCUUUUUGAAGUUCAUGAAGACUUAGAAAGGUUCAAAUUCGCGCUUAGCAUUACAGAGGAUAAAAAGUUGUCAGAUAUCCAAGUUGUUGGUAAAGCUGUUACCGAAUUACAGAGAGCUCUUGCAGAAACGUUGGAACAGAAAAACAUCCGUUUCAAUGGUACGAAGGUGGUAGAGCAAAGUACUCUUGUAAUAAUUGAUGACAACUUUUUUGAUCACUCGGAUGCUAACUAUCGUUUACUUUCAGCGAUCUCAGCCUCCUUCGAAGAGACAUUGUCAUCAUUUCUCUGUACUGCUGGUGUGUAUUGUGGAUUAAGUCAUACGGAGCAAUUGGUUGCGACACUCUUGUCCUCUAAUCAAGAUGAUAGUAAUUACAGCUACGUUACAUCCAUCUGGAUUUCAAGCCUUCUGAUAAGUAGUUCGAUGGCAUCAAAAAAAGAACAAACCACAGGCUCUAUAGAGUCUUACCUUACAUUUGGUGAUCAGGAAUUAGAUUUAACAACCUCUGCACCCUCUGACGCUUGUUACAUGCUUAUAGAAAGCUCGCUUGAGAUACUCAACGAUGAAGCCAAUAAUUUAAAGACUUUAGACCGCGUUAGUGAGUCAAGGACGAUCAUUAGUCUGGAGUCUAUUAGGCUCGUUGGCAAGGCUAUGGGUGAAGCAUUCAGAGAGGAAUUGAUUGACACAAUAUUUCCUAUUUUGGACUGCUUAGCCUCGCCUUCCCCUGCUAUCAGGCAUUUUGCACAGCUGACAACACUAUCUAUUGCCCAGAGCCUUUACGGAGGCUCUGUGCACGAUUUAAUAUGGGACAACAUGGAUUACUUGGUGGACUCUAUUUCCAUUAGGCUGACAAAUUGCAUGACCCAGCGGAUGCCAACGCUGCUGAUGGUCAUAUGCCGCAUUGGUGGUUACGAGAGUAUCAAAGGAUUCAAGGACGUACUGGAGACCAUAUUUCGAUUGCUUGACUUUUACCACGGAUAUGACGAACUGUGCGCUGAGUUCUUUCAGCUCUUCGAUAUCGUUGUUACGGAGAUGAGGAAAACUUACCUACGCUUAGAACCUGAUUAUCUCGCCUUGAGUGAUAAUCAUACGGUUCCUGGAGGUUUUGUGCCGUGGGGUAUGCGAAACAUGAAUCAAGUUGUGCAACUCAUGGGUGAGAAAAAGAACGACAUUUUGGCUGAGGACCUGAGUGAAUUGGAGUCCGAGAAAUUUGGUGGAAAGGAUUUCGGAGAAUUUUUGAAUCGUAAGCUGGAAGAAGUGGAUAGUGAUGAUGAAGAUGAAGAUACAAGUGAACUCGACGCCGAUGACCAAACUUUUGCAGAGCAUGCUCAUCCGGCUGAAGAUAGCUCUGAGAAAUGGAGUUCUCCUAUACCUAAGGAGUCGUACCGCUUGCUGCUACAAAUAAUAGGAUAUGGAGAUCGGCUAUUGACGCAUCGCUCUCGUCCCCUGAAGGUGCAAAUUUUGCGACUGAUGAGUAAGAUAUUUCCGAUGCUUGCUACUGAGUAUGAUAUGCUUCUACCUCAAGUUGCGAGGUCUUGGGAUAUACUGGUCGUAAUUUCAUUGAGUUCAGAUUUUGCUGUAGUUAAGCCGGCGCUCGAAUGUCUUCAAAUGAUUAUCCGGCACUCCGGUGAUUUUAUCACGAAAAGAUUCCUCGAUCUUUGGGAGAAUUAUCAAACUAAUUCAGUACUACUGCGUCAUGUAGCCACCAAGAGGAGCGUCACGUUGCUUGACACCAUGAAUACGUCGCUUUCUGCUUCUAAACGAUUUCCAUCUACGAUCUCCGAAGCUCUUGGCGCCCUCUCCGAAAUGCUUCUGGAAGGUAUAUCUAAGGCUGAGCUUUUCAUUCCGGAGGAUCAGCUACAAGAAAUGGUGUACUAUUGUCUUCUUUCCUCAUCAGCUCCCAAGAUAGAGUCUCGUUCACUACACUUGGGGGAUGUUUUAACAUGCUUGUUACUCCGUGACGAAGGAAUGACCCUUCAAGUGCCCAGGAAACAAUCAGAGUGA